GAAAUGCAGAACUGUAAGCAUUUUCGUUUUCCCAUGACAUACGAACUUCUCCAAAUUAACGAAUUUCAUUAUUUAAAUUUUGCCGAUUCAGACCAAACUAGUUUUCGCGGACUGAGGCUUUUUAUUGUUACAAAAGCUUGUGGUACAAUAAUUAAUAAUGAUAUUGGACACAAUGGAGAUGUUACAUUCUCUUAUUAAAAGACACCUUGACAAAGAAACAUCUGUUGUAUAUCAUGACAUGGAAUCAUCUCCAUUGAAGACUAAGAAACAGUUUUCUGUCAAAGUAACUGAUGUCAACGAUGUAGAACCACAUUUUACCAAAGAGACAUUCCAAUUCCUCACCUAUGAAAACCAGAAAGUUGACUUCCCUAUUGGCUUCAUCAAUGCUACAGACCCUGAUCUUGGAGAUGGAGGCCAACUUACAUAUUCCAUCAUCAAUGAUAACAACAAUGAUAACAUUCCUUUCCAACUGACAAAAUAUGGAUUUAUUUCUACAUCACAAUCAAUAGAUCGAGAAAUGAAAGACAUCUAUAAGUUCAAGGUCUUAGUGAAAGAUAAUGGAACACCUUCUCUCAAUGACACUGCCAAUAUUGUUAUUGAGAUUCUAGAUAAAAACGAUAAUGCUCCCUAUUUCAUCUUUCCUAAUAAUGACCCUUACAAUCUAGAUGUCCACUACCAUCCACACAGUAAGAAGGACAUCACAAUUCUGAAAGCAUCUGACAAAGACACUGGAAACAAUGCUUUCCUCACAUAUGGAAUACUGAAAUCCAUCAUCAUCAUCAUUUCAUGUCUGUUUUCCAUGCUGGCAUGGGUUGCACAGUUUGACAGGAGCUGUCCAGACUCCAUUUGUCUGUUUUGGCAAGAUUUCUACAGCUGGAUGUCCUACUUAGUACCAGCCACUUUACAGAGUGUGCUGGGUGUUGCACUUACACGCUGAUGUGCUAUCUUUCGCGGACAAUUUACCAAAAUGUUUCAGAAACAUAUGAGCUGACCUUAACAAGUGAUG